AUGGAAAAUGAAUCACGAUUAUCAUCACAUACGAAUAAUGAUGACGAAGUAAUGGCAAAUGAUGAUGAAUAUUUUGGCAAUCUCGGCACACUGAUCAGUCCAUCAUUGCCAUUUGGACAAACAAAUCAGAUGCAAUUAAGAAAUCCUGCCCAUAUUGUUGGUGAAAAAAUAAUCAAUCCUCGUAUACACAUGUGUGAUAAUUGUCAAUUGCCAAUUCUUUUCUAUGGCCGUAUGAUUCCAUGUAAACAUGUAUUCUGUUAUGAUUGUGCCAAUAAAUCACCACAAAAAUGUUUACGUUGUUCGAAUAAUAUAUUGAAGAUUGAAAAAUGUAAUAUCGGUACAGUGUUUAUUUGUAGUACGGAUACAUGUCGUCGUACCUAUCUAAGUCAACGUGAUCUUGAAGCACAUAUUCAACAUCGCCAUGUACGAAGAAUCGAUGCUUUAUUACGUUUUUAAUGAAAUUUCAUUAAAUUCAUUUUUUCCAGAAUCAUUCAUUCAUCAUCAUCCUUUU